CAGAUGAGACUGGCUACGAACCAGCACUGCGUCGGGCGAAAAGGGUCUUCAGAAGACAGUUAUACUAUUUUUAAUUUUAAUUUUACCUAGCAACAGUUGAGAUAAUACCUUUUAUCCUUAAAUGUAAAGGCAAAUGUGCCUCCCUUUUCUCCGUGACAAUGUGAGGGAUGAUUUACCAUUUUCUGUCCUCGCGCUGAGGAGGAUGACUGAUGAAGCCGCUGCGAUGUGUUGCGGAUCGGGGGUGUGUCUGUUUAACAAUAUGUUGGAGUUGUGAGUGGCAGGCAAACAGGCUGGAGCAUCAGCGCCGAAGCGACACAGAAACACGGACUUUUCCAUCAUCUGUGACUACUUAAUGGUUGCUUAUUGACUGGCUCCUGUGUAAUAUGGUCUCCCUGGCCUGCUUCAUCACCAGAAGAUGUAUUUCAAUACAGAGGAAACAUAACUAAAUUAACACCAGCAGGACCACUUAAUCUUCCCUUUGAAGGACAGUAAAUCACCUUAUGAGGGCUCUCAAGCCCUGUAAGCUAAGCUACUUGAGCUUAGAGGUGAAGACGCCUUGCAGAGUAAUGGGCUGCGGGGGGAGCAGGACUGACGCUCUGGAGCCUCGCUACUUGGAGAGCUGGACCAAAGAGACAGAGUCAACAUGGCUGACGAGCACAGAGGCUGAUAUCCCUCUGUCAUCCAUCCAAAGCAUCCCUUCUGAGAACUCUGAGGCCGGCUUUGCCUCAGAGAAAACUAUCAGCCCUGUUCCAGAUUUCUUUGAAGAUGGCCUCCCUCCUCCAGCUCAGGCCUACCUGAAGGUCUGCUCAGCUGUGUCUGAAGCCAGCCUGAACGACGUGAAGCCCAGCAGCCCACCGUCAAUCAUGGCCUCUCCACAGCAGGAUGUGGUGCUGCCUUCAUCUGGAACCACAGUGCAGCGAAGGAGUGUUCUACACACUGAAGAGAUUACCAAAUGGCAGGACAAUCGGAUGUCAACCAAGCAGGUGACCAUUACUGUUACACAGAGUAUCCACCAGGUGGACAAGAACGGGAAAGUGAAGAAGUCCCUCACCACCUACGAGGUCAUGAAACCUGUGGAGACUCUCAAACAGGAAACAGAAAGUGAUUGACAUGACUGCAGUGUUUACUGUGAUGGCCGGGCAGGACGGUGGAGGCGAAAGCUGGCUCACUGCGUCAUCUUGUUUUGCACAAUGUUGACUUUUUAUCCAGUGAUUUAUGUUUUUUAAUAAAUGAAAAGACAAAUGG